AUGACUGGAAUGGAUCUUCGUUCAAUUUUAGGCCCAGUAGCUGAUCAUUUAGUCCAAACAACUACCCCAUUUAGUUAUACAAGGCCUAUAAUGAAAAAUAAAUUUGUUGAUUAUGGAAUAUUAAGUUUGGACAAUUUUUUAAAUGGACGUUUUCGUUCAAUGCAAAGAAUUCCUUAUUUAUUAGAAAAAGAGAAAAUGUUAAAAUUAAGAAAUAAUGAAACAUUGAAUACACAAACUCAUGAAAAAGAACAUGAAGAAGAACAAAUUGAAGGAUCAGGUGAAGAAGAUAAAGAAGAAGAAGAAAAACAAAUUGAAAAUAAAAAUAAUACCUUAAAAGAAUUAAAUUCUUCAAUUAAAGGAAUUCCAAAAACUAAACCAUUUAUUCCAAAAAUUCCUUUAUUAAAUUUUAAUAAUAAUGAAAAAGAUGAAUUAAUAAAUACAAAAAUAAAUAAAAAUAAAGAAGAAAAUAAAAUAAAUGAAAUUAUGGAAAAUAAUGAUAAUAAUAAUUUAAUAAAUAUGGAAGAAUAUCAGUAUGGUGCAAAGCCUAAUAUGCAGCAAGGAAUAUUAAAUACUUUACUUGACUUUUUUGGAGUUAAAUAUUUACAAGGAAGUGAAUUAGACAAAGUUUUGACUGACUGGAUAAUGGAAAAUACACCUAAAUAUAUUAGCAAAAGUGAUAAAAGAGCAGGAAUUAAUACAAGUAGUUAUGAUGUAUUGAGAGGUUUACUUAGUCAACCUGUUUUACCUCUUUGUAGUUCACCUCCUCAAUUAAUUGAACAUUUUAAUUUAGAUGCAUUUAUGGGACAAUGGUUUGAAGUAUUUUCUGUUUCAAAAAAUUCAGAUCUUAAAUUUGAAGCAAAAAUUUCAAAAUUAUUAAAAAAAUGUAAAAUUCGUGUAUAUGACCAUGGAGGAAAAGGAGGCAGUGAUUUAGAAGUAAAUUAUAAAGUAAUUAAAAAAUUGAGUGGAAAUAAAUUUGAUGAAAAAUGGUUAUCAAAAAUAUUAACGUCAGAAAAAAGAAAAAGUAAAAUUAAUUUGUUGAGACUUGAAGUUGGAGAUCAAACAGAUAAAAUUGUUCAAAGUAAAAUAUUAAGAGAACAUUCGAUUUGUCAUUUAUUAUUAACUGUUAGUGGACUUUCAAAAAAGAAACUUGAGACUUUUGUAAAGAAAAUGCAAAAAUCUUAUGGGUACAGUCUUUAUGCUGCAUAUAGAAUGGGGGAUCAACCGACAAGUAUUAAUUAUGAAGAAAGUGCAACAAAAGAUUCAUUAGAUGCAUUAGAUGAAGAUGCAGUUAAUUUAUUAGAAACUCCAAAAGAAAAGAAAGCUAGUUUAAAAACUAAAAGAGAAGCAUUAGUAAAAGAUAGAAGAUCUGCAGGUGUUUAUACAAUGAGUUUUAUUUCUAAAAAUUGUCAAAAAGAAUAUGGAGUUAAGUGGAUUGAUCAAUAG